AUAAUAUGAAGAUUGAACUCUUGUUUGUCUUCUUCUUCCUCCCUCCUCUUGCAUUGCUAUUGUUACCCCUUCCCCUUCGCUUGCCACAUCUGUUCUCCUGAGUGGUAAUCCGAGCACACGGCGCCGUGCGAGGACUGCUUCCUGCUUCUUCCGGUCGCGCCCGACCCGGCCGCAGAAUCAGAUCCGGUGCCACUGGUGCCUUCCCUCCUCCUCAUCGAAGCUUUGGGGCCCGUCGCUGCCUCCCUGCAUCGCACCCUGUUACUGCCUUCUGCGCGAGAGAUAUGGUUGGGAACAGUGUGAUGUGGCAACACCUGGAAGUGGAGGAUCUCCUUCUCUACCACAAGGAGAAAAUCCUUCUUUACUACAAGGAGAAAAUCCAUGAGUCGGGGAGGGCCUUUGUUCUAAGGGAGGUCCAUCACGAAGAGUGUGCUCGGAGGCUUAAUGAGAAGUAUGGUGCUAACUUCACGUGGAAACAAACCUACAACAAGUACCACAAGCUGAAAGGAGAAUGGAAGGUGAUCAUGGAGGCGAAGUCUGCUAGGGGUGCUGGUUUUGAUGAUGUUCAGAAGAAGAUAACCUACGACGAGAUCGAGGUUGUCAAGAUGAAAGCUAAAGGCGACAAGAAGGCUAAGUACUACAAUGUUCCGAUCCCCUUGUAUGAUGAGAUGGAGUUUGUCUUCACGGGGAAACACGCUACUGGAGAGUUCAGUGUUAUUGAAGCACCGUUUGAUCGCUCAGGAAGGCAAGAGGAUGAUGCCGUUGGGAAUGUCAACCUAGAUCAAGAGCCAGCAGAUCUGAAUGGUGACUCUUCUCAACACGAUUUCGACACCCUCGCAGAGUCUGAUAGUCCGAACCCAGUAGGCUCGAAGCGCAGGCACGAGGAGAAGGAGAAGGAGAAGGAGAAGGAAUGGAAAUGGGCUAGGCAAGGCGUCCCCAUCUUCAUGCAGGCCCUGUCGGAAGCUGUGAGCUUUACCCACGGUGGCACGGACCCAUACGAGGGUAUUUACAAAGCCAUUGAAGACAUGGAUGAGUAUCCUUUGCCGGCACGCCUUGAUCUGCUGACCUAUCUUGCUCAGAAUCGUCACAUUGCCAGCAUGUUGAAGGGACGGCAGGAGGAAACUUUCAAGCAAUGGGUGGCACGAUGGGUUGCUGGUCACUACCCUUUGUGAUUCGUGUUUGAAGCUCAAGUCGUCUUAUGAUUCGUUUGCGCUCGGAGUAGGGUCUAACUUGAUAGGGCAAGAUGCAUAUUUUGGCCGUAUGUAAACUAUGCAUGGCAGAAUGUAUAGUUUUUUUUCCUGAUAGUAUGAAACUAGAUAGUGAGUGUUACUAGGCAUGCAUGGCGUGUUGAGGUGAGGGUCAUGAGAUAAUCACUUCAUCUAUUAUUAUACUACUAGGAGAAGAGAGCUUAACAAAAGACCUACUUUAUCUUGUUCCUAUAAGAUUUUGAUGGGGAUGAG